AUGGAAGAAGAAUUCGAGUUCUUUGAACCAAUCAACACUUCCAUUACGGCACCUGGUCGUAUCAAGAAACACGAUAAUACUUCUAAUGUUUCAAGUUCUUUAGAAGAACCUACAAAUACUUCAAAGUUUAAUGAUUUUGACCAUUCUUUUGAACUUAUUGAUUCGCCAACUACAUCAUCUAAUAUCUUACAUGAUUUAGCUAAUGUACCUAAAUCCAAAUCAGUUAGCAUUAAAGAACCACCUCAAGAGAAUGAUGACAUAGAAGAUUUAUCUAAUGAUAAAUCACUUGUUUUCCCUACUUUAUCAUUAAUUCAAAAUGAAGGAAGAGGAGGAUCUGAAAGUGACUCAGACUUAUCAUCCGAUGGUAGCGAAAAUUCACAGGCAUUUGGAAAUGAGUAUGAAAAUAAUCCCCCUUCCCAAAGAUUAUCAAAAUUAAGAGAUUUUAAACGUCAUCAAUUCAAUUUUCCCGUCACCGUUCGUAUCAUGUAUAUCGGUCAAAAUGUUCCUGAGCAAUGCAAGCGUAGAACAUUCGCUAAAAUUUGCGAAAGCUUAUCACAAAUUUUUUGGGAAGAAGCCGAUGGAUUGAUACCACCUAAUGACGUCGGUCCAGAAAAAAGAUCAAUCAUUGGUCCCGUAAGUAAAAUUCCCGAUGAUGGUAAACCUCACCUUGAAUAUUAUUCUGAUUCCGGUGUGGCACUUUGUGAGGUUGAUUUAACGAAUGGACCUUGCAGUAGAGUUUUUGAUUAUUUCCAAAAUCAAUUUUCAAAAACCGAUUCUGAUACCAAUUUUGAUAUCAAUUUGGUUGAUUUAUGUAUUGCCUUCAUUCCUCCUGAUGCAAAUAAUAUUUUACCUGAACUUUUAUCUACGAUGAAAAAAUUGCAUGAUAAAGUUACCUUAUUUCCAAUAAUUGCUUUACAAGGAAAAGAAUUAUAUGCUCAAGACGAACGUGAAGAAAAACGUCUAAAGAUUUUAAAAUAUUUUGAAGAUAAUGGUAUUGAAAUUUUUAUAUGGAAAGCGGAUGAAAUGAUUGAGGAUGUUAGAGAUCGUUGGGUUGAAACUGUUUAUACCAAAAAAAUAUUAACAGUUGAAGACUUUGUUGCAUUUGAGGCAGAAUAUAUUUAUGAAGAUUUACAACUCUUACGUACACGUGCCAUUGAAUUUAAAAAAGAACGGUUACGUAACGAACGAGCCAAAAGGCGACAACAACUUUGUGACAAGGUUGCUUCAAUACUUAAAGAUAUUGUAAUAGUGGGUGCAAUUCUUUAUAUUGUAUAUUUCUCAAUAUCCAGCGUUUGGCAGUACGCCGAAUGGUCAAUUCUUCCAUCCGAUUUAGCCAAAUCUUUUCAAGCGGUAUCACGAGCUUCAUUAAAAACUCAAGAUCAGAAUGGACCAAAAACUAUUCAUUUAGAUUUUGGAGAAACAGAACCACUUAUUAACGUAAAUCAGGAAUCAUCUAGUAGAUUCGUUUUCGAUAUAUUGAAUAAAGAUCAGUUAGGAAAUUUUCGAAAAGAAAAUUUUGACGUGGUUGUUACACAUAAUCCGCCUCAAGUGUUGGGACGUUCUUUGGUGGAAGAUUUGGGUAAUGGUAGAUAUUUUUUUGAUAUUGAUACCACGGGAGCUCAAGGUGAAGUUAAAGUUGAAAUUAAAAAGAAUGGACAAGUUGUCAAAGAAGUGCCAUGGUCACCAAUGACAAAAGAAGGUGAUAAAUUAGAUACAUCGAUUAUUACAAAGACGGGUGAUGGCUGGAUUUAUGACACUUUUAAUACGUUUAAUGAGGCGGCAACAGAUAUUAAUAUAAAAAUCAAUAGUUUAUAUGAGACAGUAAAGAAUGCUCUUUAUGAGUCAGCGGUUUAUAUUGGAACGGAAAUGUUGGCAAUAUCUACGUAUGUAGGUAAUCAAGUUACAGAAAGUGCGAAAAAUUUUUGGGGAAUAGUGAAAUUAUGGUUUCCAUAUGCUUUGGAAAAGAUCAAGGAAUUUACAAAUUAUACGGAAGUAAAAUUUUAUUAUUUUGUCAAAAGAAUGAGGAAAGGAGCAAAUCGAAUGGGAAGAAUUGUAAUGACUCAAUUUGGGAAUUGA